CGCCAUCGCCGUCGCCACUCCGCCAAUUCGCCUUCCAGUUGCAUCGCCGUGGCCUUUUUUCCCCCCUGGAAUUGGAAGAGACAACCACAUGCUCCGCCGGGGCUGGUUCGUCUGAGCGUUACGAUCGCCGUGAUGGCGGAGCUCCACAGGUUAUGAUGAAGGAGCUUAGGCGCAGGACUAUGGCUUAUGACGUCUCCAUAGGCGUUGCGGAGGUCGGGAUAGGAGGGGACGGAGGCGAAGGUUGCUUUGCGAUGUCAAUGUGUGCAACCGCAGAUUGUUUCGUGGAGGUUUAUGAAAGUCGCGUGGAUGUGGCCUGGAGUGCUAAUAUAUUGGCGGCGUUUGAGUGCGGGGUGGUGUAGAGGUCGUGAAUCGUGGUGUUGAUUCCUGCGAGUCGCGGUUGGUUGUGUUGAACAGGAUGUGUAGGUUCGGAGGUUUAUGCGUGAGAGGGAAGGCUUAUUGAAAUGCUGAGUGAGCUUGGAAGGGUUUGUGGUUGUGAUUGGUAGAUUUGCGAUGGGUGAUCCGUCAGAUUUUGUUGCAGCGCAGGCGGUAGUGCAGGGGGCACAAGAGGAUGAGUUCGCACAAUUGGCAGGUGCUCAUGCCAUGCAGCAUGCGCCAGAUGAUAUCUCUACGUCUUACGUGAGCAAGGAGAUGUCGCAAGCUAUGUCUUACUCGGUGACCGCUGAUGAAAUGAAAAGUAAUGCAGCUCGCGUUCAAAUUUCAACUAUAACUCCAGCACCGGUUGGUGCACAGGAUGCGCAUAUUCUUCAAGCGAGCAAAGGUUCGCAGAAUUCGACAGUAGACGAUGAAGGGCACGAUGAAGGAACCACUAGCAGGCCGGGACGGGUAUGGAUGGAAGCUACUGGUGCUGCAUCAUCUUCAGUUGCAUCCCAACGCGCUCGCGAUGAGCCGGAUCCUGACAAGUUCGAAUUCCCAAUUGAAACUGUUGCCGCAGUUCUGCCUCCGCCGAUUUUAAAGGCACCUCGGAAGCCUUUUCUUCAAGCUUUGACACUGCCUACUGAACAGUCACCCCAACCAUCACCGCAUGGGAGCGAACAAGAGGACAGCCGGAGAGCGUCACCUACUAUGACGCCAUCCUCGUUUGUUGCACACACUGUGAUGAACAAGAAGCCACCCAGGGCCUUGACUCGUCUCAAAACACGCCUUCAAGACCCUCCUCCCAUGACGCCCGCAGUCAGUGCUCUUGUUUCCAGGGGCCGUCUUUUCGGGAACAGCCCAGAUCAAGAAUAUCCGCCGCCUAUGACAAGCAGGGGUAUGCCUACUAGUCGAAAAUUUUCAGUGGCUGGAAAUUUGAGCCACGUUGCCUCAUUUGCUGCAGCUACACCAGGAAAGCUCAGGUCCAUGGCAUCCGCGCUCUUCACACCUCGAGGUUCUGCAGCCACACCACAUCCUUUCCCGCCUCCAGAAGAAGAGAUUGAUCCUUUGGAUGACGAGUCCAUUCCAAAGUACAAGAAAUGGAAGAAGACGGGCAACCGCCGGCUUCAUAUAUUACAGUGGUCCUGUCUCGUUACUGCGUGUGUCCUCCUCGCGUGUUCUGUCCGUAUACCAUCUAUGAAAGGCAUUCAUUGGUAUAACAUCAUUCUAUGGCAAUGGCUUACUCUUGCACUUGUGGUGACAUGUGGUCGACUCGUCGCUGGUUGGGCAGUCCAGCUCCUUGUUUUCUUGAUAGAACGUCAUUUCCUACUCAAACGCCGAGUUCUGUACUUUGUCUAUGGAUUGAGGCAUUCUUUCAAAAACUGCAUAUGGUUGGCGCUGGUCAUUGGAACCUGGAAGGUCAUUCUCAGAAACAAUACCGAUCAAAAUACCGUUCCUGUGAUCACAAAGAUUCUGUGGUGCUUUUUCACCGCGUCAGUAUUGUGGAUGGCAAAAAUUUUAUUUGUUAAAACCGCAGCCAAUAGCUUUCAUCGUGCAGCCUAUUUUGAUAGGAUUCAGGAUUGCUUGUUUCAUCAAUACGUUUUAGAGACGAUAUCGCAACCAAAAUCAUUCGAAGACGACUACUAUUGGGGUUAUGGUACAGGGCCGGCAGUUGAAACCAGCGUCAAACGGGAACCUGUAAACCAGGAGCCAGAUUCUGCCGUUGGACGAACGUACUAUCGUACUAACUCGUCAGAAGCAAGUAAAGCUAAUAAAAUUUUGAAGGCUUCAGAGUUGGAAACGCAGGAGCAUACAAUAAAUAUCAACGGUUCUCAUGCUCCUGUUGUUCAACGGGGUUUAGAUCCUAUUCCACCAUCCCCAGCUCCCAUUCCUGCAAUGCAAUUCUCAAGUACGGCGCAAACUUCAUCACAUCCAGGUCCAACCAGCAACAACGAUGGCCAUUUUGGCACAGGUUUUAGUCCUGCAGCAGGUCUACAAACCUCCAGGGCUAGGGCUAGCUACCUUGGUUUUCCAGCUGUAAUUGAUGGCAAAACUGUGGAGCCAGCCGUUAUCAUUGCACAGGAUAAGUUACAAGGAUUGACCUCUGAUUCAGUGUCACCGUGGACCUUGAAGAAAUUGAUGAAGCUGGUUCGAACCCACAACAUGUCGACGUUCUCAUCGAUGUUGUCAGCCGAUUGGGAGAUUGAUAGUGAAGCCCAAGCUAAAUCUGCGGCUAAGCAGAUUUUUUACAACAUGGCCGACCCAGGUGCGAAGUACCUGACAUUAGAUAAUUUCACGGAGUUUUUGCCCGAGGACAAGGCAGCGAAGGCAUUUGGCUUGUUUGAGGUUACUGAUCAAGGACAUAUUUCGAAAAAGGGCCUUAUGCAAUGGGUGGUUAGUGUCUACAAGGAGCGCAAGGCAUUGUCCCUGACCCUUAGUGAUAACCGCACUGUAGUUGCCAAACUUCAUCGCGUCCUUGAUGUUCUUAUGUUGGCCAUCUUGUUGACGAUUUGCUUUCUCAUCAUGGGAGUCAACACGCAGAAGCUAUUGGUUGCUUUCUCCUCAAUAUUGCUUCCUUCUGUGUUUGUCUUCGGCAAUGCAGCAAGGAGCACAUUUGAGUCCCUCAUCUUCCUCUUCAUUAUGCAUCCUUUUGAUGUGGGUGACCGGAUUAAUGUUGACAACGUUUCCUUGGUUGUUGAGGAAAUGAACAUUCUCAACACCAUCUUCUUGAGUGGUUCGAAUGAGAAAGUCUACUACCCGAACUCUGUUUUGGCAUCAAAACCAAUCUCCAACCUCUACCGCAGCCCUGACCAAUGGGAUGCCAUAGAAUUUCAAAUUCACUCAAGUACCCCAUGUGAGAAAAUAGGAAUCUUGAAGGAGAGGAUGACCAAGUAUAUUGAGAGUUUGCCACAGUACUGGUAUCCUACGUUUCGUUUAGUGUGCAAAGAUAUUGAGGACAGCAAUCGCAUGAAGAUGGCUCUUUGGAUGCAGCAUCACAUGAACUUCCAGGAGUCUGGUGAAAGGUGGCAGCGUCGUAGCAACAUGAUAUUGCACAUGAAGACAUGUAUGGAGGACUUAAAGAUUGGCUUUAUGCUACCCAGGCAGGAGAUUACUGUAACUGGGAUCCCUCUUCUCGACGUUCCCCACACUCGUCUGUGAAAAAACCUUUUUGUCAUCGACAGAUUUGGAUUAACACCUACGUUUGGGGCCUGUGCCGACUUUCCCUCUUCCUGCCAGUGCUUCGAAGGUAAGUAUCACAAAAAGAUGAAGUCACUAAGACUUGAACACAAAGGGAUUUUUUGUCCUAUAACUUUUGAAUUGCACAGUAUGAUUUGCCACGAAUACUUCCAUAGCAUCCUACUGUGACGAUUAAAGAAUGAACAAAAAUAGAGUAGGCUUCAGAAGAGACGCUCGAACAGACAUAAGAAAAGUGCUGGAUGGUUAGAUCUACAGCAUGAACCGUUGUUAUGAUUUGGGAAGAGGACAAUUACGUCAACACAGAAAUCUCGACCCAGACACGACUAAAUGGUCUUCUUCGCCCCCAUGAAAUCUGCAUUUCUGUCGUCAUAUCCCAGCAAAAAUUGCAGAAAGAUAAUUGUCCGACUUGCUAUGUCUGAUGGUGAGUUGCACCUUGACAUUACUAAAAACAGAUAACCUCAAAAUAUGGUGAACAGAAAUUUAAAAUCACUGAGAAUUUUUUGUUUUUGUUGUGGGAAAUCUGGAAAUAAAUUUAAAGAAUAAUUUCGCCUUACC